UCUUUAAGCUCUCCUUUUAUUUUGUGCAUAAAUGCCAAAGUAUUAGAUAGUUACACUAUGGAGCAAAAUAAUGUGGGAACCAGCAAAAGUUCCAUAUACUUGGCAAUAUCAUUUAAAAAAUUAUGUGUGGCAACAGUGUCUUUACUUCUUAUCGCACUUUUAGUCUGUUUUGUUACAGCAUAUAUCUUCCAGCAGGACGACAUUCAUGAAACACACUGCAGGGUUUAUAAUAUACUUCCAUCGAUCUCAGCUAUUACUGGUAUAUCCCCGCAAAGAUAUUUGUGGCGUAUAACUGUAGCAUUGCAUAUAGGUCCUCGGCUACUUAUUGCUAGUGUAUAUCAUUCAUAUUAUUACAAAAUAGUUAAAGCAAUUGAAGAUGUACCUUCCAAAAUUAUGGGAUGUAGACUUUUAAAUUUAUGUUAUUGGUUAAGUAUUGCAGAAAUAGCAACUUUAUGUGGUGUUACAUACAUCUCCAACAGAGAAUCUGUGCAUGAGAAAAUUUUCAUUGCCUUCAUGAUUAGUUCCCUGACGUAUAUGCUAGCAGCUGUAAGAUUGGGUCGUCUUGUAACACCAAAUGCACGAAGUCUUCAAUAUAAGCAAGCGCUUUUUAUAACAAGUCUUAUUAGUACUGUUGGACUUAUUGUUUUCUUCCUAAAACACAGGCUAUUGUGUCAUGACCUGGCAUUUAGCUGGUUUUCCUUAUGCGAGUAUGUGAUUGCCUCUGCAAAUAUGGGUUUUCAUGUUACCGUAAUUCUAGACUUUCCCAAGGAGCAGCUGGUUAUUGGGAAUGGUUUACCUGCCUUAAAGGUGGAUUAACUUGUAAUAUUUUAUACUUAUUAUCUUAUUAUUGU